GACCUAAAACAAAAUGGCGACUGCUGCCACUUCACGUAAUGAGAUAGAAAACACAAUGCGUAUGGGACUACUGAUACAUAGGUCACAAAAUGUGCUUCAAGAUGUCCUCAGUUCACAGUUACAAACAACUUAUCCAGGGUUGUUUGAUCCGUCAAAUGGAGGAAAGUUGUUUGAUAUUCUAACUGACCAAAAGGCAAAUCAAACUUUGCUACAGUUGAAAAAAAUGAAAGUUUUGAAUGCAAGCCAAAUGAAGCUUCUAUACCCUUCCGGUAACCCCUCCACAACUGUGACACUGAAGAACUUAGAUGUGACUCUUACAGUAGUCUUGUUAAGAAAUAUCACAACACUAAACCCAAAGGGCAGUUGGGAAAAUCCACCAAUAACUGACAUGUCCAUGGAGGCCCAGAUUGGCAGAGUGAAGAGAUAUCGCAACAAAUUUUCCCACGGGGGCGCCAGUCUCACAGAUGCUGCAUUUCAGACCCAGUUUACAGAAUUGAAAGCUUUGUUGCUAUCAUUGUCCACAAUCUACACCAGUGAUGACUAUGACAAGUUGCUUACUGAUCCAUUGCAUGCAGCAGAAGCACCUUGUGAGCUCAUCUCUACUAACCUUCCAAGUAGAACUCCAGAGCUGAAGGGACGAGUGGACCUGGUGCAGAAAAUACUGCAGCAUGUUGAAAAUGACACAAAACUCAUUCUCCUGACUGGGAUGGGGGGCAUAGGUAAAACAAGCAUAGCUGUUGAAGUUGGACAUCAAAGAAAAGGUGUCAGAAAAGAGGUCAUGUAUAUUGAUAUGAGAAAAGUUGUAAAUCUUGAUUCUGUUAAAUUAUCACUUGUGCACCAUUUUCACCCAAAUCAGUUUUUGAAAGAUAUUUACAGUGAUUAUCAGAACAAAUUUACACAAACUAUGUCUAAUUUAGCAACAGACACUCUCCUUAUCCUUGAUAAUAAUGACAGCAUUUUGAAUUCACACCAGCAAGAGUUUCUGCAGUUACUGGAGGAUGUCAUGAAUUCAUCAAAAUAUGUCACUCUUUUAUGCACCAGUCGUGAAUCAUUCAGUCUUCUGUCACAAACCACAGUUACUAUAGACAUCCCUCCUCUUGAUAAAACAUCUUCACUUGAAGUCCUUUGGGGGGGAAAUACAAUCAGCCCCACAGAUAGUGAGACAGAAGCUUUAGGUGAAAUAUCAGAGAGAUGUGGCCACAAUCCCCUUGCACUAAAAUUAGCAGCUACCCAGAUCAAGCUCAAAACAGUACAGAAAGUGUUAGAGAAAAUGAAACGCAUAAAGGUCCUCCGCUCUCUUCAGUUACCUAACAUUCCAGCCUCCCAAGGUAUGCUUUCAUGCCUAGAGAUGUCUUACGAAACACUGACUGACACAGAGAAAAAGGUGUUUAGGGGACUGCAUAUAUUUCCUGUUGCAUUCAAUUCAAAAGAAGUCUCAGAGAUUUUGGAGAUGGAGGAAGAUGAAUGUGAAUCUGUCCUUGACAGUCUUAGCAAUAAGUCACUUUUGAGUUUGGUCCAAAAUACCUAUGAUCUGCAUCCUUUGGUGAAGGAGUAUGCAGAGUUUCUUGCACAAAAUGACAGCACCGAAACCUCUCACACACAAAAGAGAUAUUGUGGUUAUUACAUAAGGUGUCUUAACCAUCUAUGCAUUGUGCAUAAGAUUGGAGCUUCACUUUUUGAAAAUAUGUCAAAACUGGUGCCCCAUUUACACAUGACUGCCACCUUGCUUAAAAUGGAACUCUGUACUCCCGACAUACAACAGAAAGAAAACACACUUAAUUUCCUACAAAUGAUUGCAAAUGCAUUCCAUUUUCUUUUUCUGAAUCAAGAAGCUCUCUCGAUUUUACAGUCAAUUGAGGUAGAAAUGAACACAUAUUUUGAAAGUCAACCAAUCAAAACAGCAAAAGUGCAUAACCAUAUUGGUCUCGUACUACAAGCCAUAGGUAAGUACAAAGAGGCACUUGAUUAUCAUAUAAAAUUUCUGAAGGUAAGGGAAGAGCUCCUAGGUUCCAAACACCUUUAUACUGCCACCUCAUACAACAAUAUUGGUUGUACACUGGGAGACAUGGGUAAGUACAAAGAGGCACUUGACUAUCAAAAAAAAUGCCUGGAGAUAAGGGAAGAGAUCCUAGGUCCCAAACACCCUGACACUGCUUCAUCGUACGACAAUAUUGGCUGUGCACUGGGAAACAUGGGUAAGUAUAAAGAGGCACUUGACUAUCAUAAAAAAAGCCUGGAGGUAAGGGAAGAGUUCUUAGGUCUCAAACACCCUGACACAGCUAAAUCAUACAGCAAUACUGGCAAUGUACUGAGAUUCAUAGGUGAGUACAAAGAGGCACUUCACUAUUUUCAUAAGUGCCUACAGGUAAAUGAAGAGUUCCUAGGUCUCAAACACCCUGAUACUGCUAUGUCAUACAGCAAUAUUGGUAAUGUACUACAAGCCAUGGGUAAUAACAAAGAGGCACUUGACUAUCAAAAAAAAUGUCUGAAUGUAAGGGAAGAGCUCCUAGGUCCCAAACACCCUGAUACUGCUACCUCAUACAACAAUAUAGGUUGUGUACUGGGAAACAUGGGUAAGUACAAAGAGGCACUUGACUAUCAUAAAAAAUGCCUGGAGGUAAGGGAACAGCUCCUAAGUCCCAAACACCCCAGUACUGCUACCUCAUACAACAAUAUUGGUGGUGUACUGGGAAACAUGGGUAAGUACAAAGAGGCACUUGACUAUCAUAAAAAAUGCUUGGAGGUAGAAGAAGAGGUCCUAGGUCACAAACACCCUGACACAGCUGAAUCAUACAGCCAUAUUGGCAAUGUACUGAGAAACAUGGGUAAGUACAAAGAGGCACUUGACUAUCAUAAGAAAUGCCUGGAGGUAAGGGAAGAGGUCCUAGGUCACAAACACCUUCACAUGGCUAAAUCAUACAGAAAUAUUGGUAAUGUACUUCAAGCCAUGGGUAAUAACAAAGAGGCACUUGACUAUUAUGAAAAAUGCCUGGAGGUAAGGGAAGAGGUCCUAGGUCUCAAACACCCUGAUACUGCUACCUCAUACAGGAAUAUUGGUAAUGUACUACAAGCCAUGGCCAUGGGUAAGAACAAAGAGGCACUUGACUAUUAUAAAAAAUGUCUUGAUGUAAGUGAAGAGUCCCUAGGUCUCAAACAUCCUGACACUGCUACCUCAUACAACAAUAUUGGCGGAGUACUACAAGCCAUGGGUGAGUACAAAGAGGCGCUUGGCUAUCAUAAGAAAUGCCUGGAGGUAAGGGAAGAGGUCCUAGGUCUCAUACAUCCUGAUACUGCUGACCCAUACAACAAUAUUGGUAAUGUACUAAAAGCCAUGGGUAAGAACAAAGAGGCGCUUGGCUAUCAUAAGAAAUGCCUGGAAGUAAGGGAAGAGGUCCUAGGUCUCAAACAUCCUGACACUGCUACCUCAUACAACAAUAUUGGUGGAGUACUACAAGGCAUGGUUGUGCCCAUGAAAUAA